UGGGAGACUGUAGCAGAGCUCCGUUUAGAGCCUUUGCCAGCAUCUUACACCAUUUGAUGUUUCGCCGCUGUUAAAAGAAAUAUUGCUUUCUCAAACCAUUGAUCUGGUGCUGCAAGGGGUGGCGGCAGAAGUAGUAGUACUGAAUGACACAGCUUUGCCAGAUGACAUGGAGCUGAUCUCUGCAUCAGCCAAGAGGAAUUAAGCUUUGUCACUCCCCACUGGGACUACCUUUUCUUCUGGCAUGUGCGGGAGGAAUUCAUAUGCUUCUGCUGCAUCCACCAAAGCAGAGCCUUGAGUACACUUUGCUGCUGAAGGCAGUAAGCAAGAAUGAUAGCUGUCUCUUUUAAAUGCCGUUGUCAAAUUCUGAGGAGACUUACGAAAGAUGAGAGUCCAUACACUAAAUCUGCAAACCAGACCAAACCACCUGAAGGAGCAUUAGCUGUAAGGAGACAAAGUAUUCCAGAGGAAUUCAAGGGCUCAACAAUAGUUGAAUUAAUGAAGAAAGAAGGCACCACUUUGGGACUUACUGUAUCUGGUGGAAUUGACAAGGAUGGGAAACCAAGAGUAUCCAACCUUCGCCAAGGAGGAAUUGCUGCUAGAAGUGACCAAUUGGAUGUGGGAGACUACAUCAAAUCUGUGAAUGGCAUCAAUUUGACCAAGUUUCGACAUGAUGAGAUCAUUAGUUUACUCAAGAACGUUGGUGAAAGAGUUGUAUUAGAAGUGGAGUAUGAGCUGCCACCAGUCUCUGUACAAGGAUCAGGUGUCAUUUUUAGAACUGUAGAGGUUACUUUGCAUAAAGAAGGGAACACUUUUGGGUUUGUAAUAAGAGGUGGAGCACAUGAUGACAGAAAUAAAUCUCGUCCUGUUGUAAUAACAUGUGUUAGACCUGGAGGGCCUGCUGACAGAGAGGGCACGAUCAAGCCAGGUGACAGGCUGCUUAGCGUUGAUGGGAUUCGGCUUGUUGGAACAUCACACAACGAAGCCAUGAGUAUUCUCAAACAAUGUGGGCAGGAAGCAACUCUGCUGAUAGAAUACGAUGUCUCCGUAAUGGAUACGGUAGCAACAGCUUCUGGGCCACUGCUUGUUGAGGUUGCCAAAACUGCUGGUUCUGCUCUGGGAGUUGCACUAUCUACCUCGAUGUGCUGUAGCAAACAAGUCAUUGUCAUUGACAAGAUAAAAUCUGCAAGUAUCGCAGACAGAUGUGGCGCAUUACAUGUAGGGGAUCAUAUUCUUUCCAUUGACGGCACCAGCAUGGAGUACUGUACAUUAGCAGAAGCAACACAGUUCUUGGCUAAUACUUCUGACAAUGUCAAACUUGAAAUCCUUCCUCAUCAUCAGACACGGCUGGCUCUAAAGGGACCAGAACACGCCUUGGUGUCUUCAUCCUUCUCUCCUGCCUCCAUGAGUGCAUACAGCCUAAGCUCCCUGAACAUGGGGACCUUACCUCGCAGUCUUUACUCUACUAGCCCACGGGGAACAAUGAUGAGAAGGCGAAUGAAAAAGAAGGAUUUCAAAAGCUCAUUGUCCCUUGCUUCUAGCACCGUUGGCCUGGCUGGGCAGGUUGUCCACACAGAAACCACGGAAGUAGUGCUGACAGCUGACCCUGUUGUUGGGUUUGGGAUACAGCUCCAGGGUAGUGUGUUUGCUACUGAGACCUUGUCUUCACCACCUCUGAUUUCAUAUAUUGAGGCUGACAGCCCAGCAGAAAGGUGUGGCAUCUUACAAAUUGGAGACAGGGUACUGGCUAUAAAUGGAAUCCCAACAGAAGACAGCACUUUUGAUGAAGCUAAUCAGCUCCUCAGAGAUUCUUCUAUCACCAGCAAGGUCACUUUGGAAAUAGAAUUUGAUGUUGCAGAGUCUGUCAUACCAAGUAGUGGCACUUUUCAUGUAAAACUACCAAAGAAGCAUAAUGUAGAGCUUGGAAUCACUAUAAGCUCUCCAUCCAGUCGAAAACCAGGAGACCCUCUUGUUAUUUCUGAUAUUAAGAAGGGAAGUGUAGCACACAGAACUGGAACAUUGGAACUAGGUGAUAAACUGCUUGCCAUAGACAAUAUUCGACUGGAUAACUGUUCCAUGGAAGAUGCUGUUCAAAUCCUGCAGCACUGUGAGGAGCUUGUAAAGCUAAAAAUCCGGAAAGAUGAAGAUAACUCUGGUAUUCAUAAAACCAAUUGCAUCCUCUUGGCAUGUAUUGCAGAUGAACAAGAGAGCUCAGGAGCAAUUAUUUAUACUGUUGAGCUCAAGCGGUAUGGAGGACCUCUUGGGAUCACUAUUUCUGGCACUGAAGAGCCCUUUGAUCCCAUUAUCAUCUCCAGUCUUACUAAAGGUGGACUCGCUGAAAGGACAGGUGCAAUUCACAUUGGAGACCGGAUCUUAGCAAUAAACAGUAGCAGUUUAAAAGGAAAACCACUGAGUGAAGCUAUACAUUUGUUACAGAUGGCAGGAGAAACAGUAACCUUGAAAAUCAAAAAGCAAACAGAUGUUACGAGCCCCAAGAAGUUCCCUGCCUCUGGUCACCUAAAUGAAUCAAGUGAUAUGGAAGAAGAUGCAGCUACCACACAAAAACCAGGCAAACUUUCAGAAAUAUACUCCACUACUGUCCCAAGCGUGGACAGUGCUGUAGAGUCAUGGGAUGGCUCUGGUAUAGACAACAGCUAUGCAAGCCAAGGUCCCAGUUAUCAGGCUUCAGGAUACAGCUUCAAUACCUUUGAAUGGAGAAGUCCAAAACAAAGAGGCAGUUUGUCUCCUCCAAAUAGACCCAGAACAAACCCCUUCCAUGAUACAGGGCUAAGUGAUGAUGAAUGGGACAAAACAGCCCCGAGCAGCUUUGCAGGUGCCCCUGAGACUGAACAGGAGGAAAAUUUCUGGUCUCAAGCACUGGAGGACUUGGAGACCUGUGGACAGUCAGGAAUUCUAAGGGAAUUAGAGGACAAGGCUGACAGGCGUCUGUGUUUGAGAAACAUGACUCUCUUGGCAACAAUUAUGUCAGGGAGUACAAUGAGUCUGGACCACGACAACCCGCAGCAUCGCAGCCAUCUGGGAAGGCAAGCCAGCUUCCAGGAAAGAAGCACUUCAAGGCCACACUACAGCCAGACAACCCGUAGCAACACUUUGCCGUCUGAUGUGGGGAGGAAGUCCGUAGCUCUGCGAAAAAUGAAGCAAGAGAUGAAGGAGAUCAUGUCACCAACUCCUGUGGAGUUACACAAGGUAACUUUGUAUAAGGAUUCUGACAUGGAGGACUUUGGGUUCAGCGUAUCAGACGGAUUGCUGGAAAAAGGCGUGUAUGUUAAAAAUAUUCGGCCAGCUGGACCUGGAGAUGUGGGUGGUUUGAAGCCAUAUGACAGACUUCUACAGGUAAAUCAUGUCCGCACAAGAGACUUUGACUGCUGUCUAGUUGUGCCCCUCAUAGCAGAGUCUGGCAAUAAACUAGAACUCGUUAUUAGCAGAAAUCCUCUAGCCUCUCAAAAGAUGAGCACUGAGCAACAGACUUUUGUCACUGGGGAAUGGAGCGAUGCAAACAAUGCCUUCCUUCAACAAAGUGGACACAACACCGGAUCAGAGAUGCCACGGGAACCUACGAACACUUUAUAGCCAAAAACUGUAUUAGUACAGGAUAUUUAAAUGGUGCUAUAUCCCUUUGAGAUUUCUACUACACUGGAGACACAACUCUUAAGAAGCACAGGGAAGCCUGACUAUUUCUCAAGACUCGUUAUUUGGUACUUGCUUCCCAAACAGAGUUUUGUUCUUGUUUUUUUAUGAUCACAAACAGUGCCAUUCCAAACAGACCCUAAAUUCAUGCGAAAAUGAAUGGUGAAAGUGGAUUUAUUUUUUAUCAUG